GUGGCAUUGCAUGACCAUGGCUGGAGGGGGGGGGGGGUCAAAAAGUAAAAUGAAGGAGGCAUGAAGGGUGCAAAGUCUGCAAGGAAGAGAAAGAGAUUUCAUUGCAUGAGAUGGCUGGGGGUUUGGCAGAAAAGGAAAGCAAGCAGGCCUGAAAGAGUAAUAAUUGCGGUGAGAAACAUGGCUUCUGCCAAGCCUUUGUCCAGGUUCUGGGAGUGGGGCAAGACCAUCGUCUGCGUGGGACGGAAUUAUGCAGAACACGCCAAAGAAAUGAAGAACGCCCUCCCUUCGGAGCCCCUCCUCUUCCUCAAGCCUUCGGCCGCUUAUGUCCGGGAAGGUUCUCCCAUCAUCCGUCCGUCCUAUUGCAACAAGCUGCACCACGAGGUGGAAUUGGGGGUAGUGAUUGGGAAGAAGGCCCAGGAUGUUAGCCAAGAGGUGGCUAUGGACCAUGUGGGAGGCUAUGCUCUUUGCCUAGACAUGACAGCCAGGGAUACACAAGAGGAAUGCAAGAAGAAAGGGCUUCCUUGGAUGCUGGCCAAAGGAUUCAACACUUCCUGUCCGGUCAGUGACUUUGUCCCGAAAGAAAAGGUCUCCGAUCCGCACCAGUUGAAGCUAUGGCUGAAGGUAAAUGGGGAGCUGCGGCAAGAAGGCGAUACGUCCGACAUGAUCUUCUCCAUCCCGCACCUCAUCAGCUACAUCAGUGGGAUUAUCCCACUGGAGGAAGGGGAUGUCAUACUGACAGGGAGCCCCAAAGGAGUUUCUGCUGUGGAAGAGAAUGACAGGAUAGAAGCUGGCAUUGAAGGGCUCCUGACCAUGCGGUUUCAAGUAGCCCAGCAGCGACGCCGGCCCUAACAAAGCAUGCCCCUUUUUUCCUGGCUGAUUCAAACUGGAAUACAAAGGAACACAGGUGCCAUCUUUUCCCUCUGCGAUGGGGAAGAAAAGCUGAGCUGCUUCUCUUAACAACAGUCUAGUAGCAUCUCCUUAUUUCAUCUUCUGAUGUCUUCCCACAGAUGGAGACAGAAAGCAUAAGCUCAUGUCUCUUUGGACAGAAUGGCUUUUUUCUCCUUUGUUGCAAAACCAGCCAACAAAAAACAGCGGAUCUGGGAUGAGGGCAACUGAGCUACAUCUGCUCCGGUUUGUGUCAAAACACAAUUUUGGGUUUUGUUUUUUUCACCAAAAAAAUGCAACAAUGACUUUCCUUAAAAGCACAGCCAAGUGCCUAUAUAGAAUGUAAUGGGCAAAAGGUCCUUUAAGAAUUGUUUGUGGUAGGAGAACAUCUAGCAAAUUAUAUUGCAACAAAGUCUAAUGAAACUGAAUACUUAAGAUGUAAACUAAAUAAAAUGUGUGUGUUUUUCUGCCUUCCUUAA